UCCCCGGCGUCACGGGGGUGUGGGCGAGUCACUGUGUAUAAAUACGCCGGGUUGUCAAACAUUAAAGUUUCUCUGGAUCCUCCACGCAAAGUGUCAGCUCAAGGCAAAACCAGGAACGCGUCUGAUUAUCCGGGAAUCCGUGCAGCAGAGGAAAUAAAUCAAUGAUCCAAAAAGAAAUAAGAUAAAUGAUUUAAAACAAACAAACAAACAAAAAAAAAAAGAUAGUGAGGUGAAUUUAGAAUAAAACAUCCUACGGUUCGCACCUGAUCCUGUGACUCGACACAUCCGCCUUCAUCACGGGGGGAACUAACACAGAAACGCAGGAGCAUCAGUAACAAAAGUUGGGACCUGAAAACCGGACGAAAAACAUCCCUCAACCUGCUGCCUGCCGCCUUCAAGGUGCCUUUUACCAUGACGACGCUAAAAGAAUCGUACACUUUACACUAAACCCGAGCGGAGGAAAACCGAUCUUGUGACAGCUGCAUCGCCUCACCUCCAGCGUCUCGAACACUUUGUUCCCACGGCGGCGCCGCCCGAACCGGCCGCGGCCAUGCAUCUGGAAGUGAAGGUCGCCCUCAACUUCAUCGUGUCCUACCUGUACAACAAGCUGCCUCGGCGUCGGGCCGACCUCUUCGGCGAGGAGCUGGAGAGGAUACUGGUGUCCCGCUUCGAGGGCCACUGGUACCCCGAGGCCCCGCUCAGGGGGUCGGCGUUCCGCUGCAUCCACCUGGGGGCGCCGAGGGACCCCGUGGUGGAGCUGGCCGCCAAGAGGAGCGGGCUGGACACGGAGGAGGUGCGGGCGAACGUUCCCGCCGAGCUGAGCGUGUGGAUCGACCCCUACGAGGUGUCCUACCAGAUCGGGGAGAAGGGGGCCGUGAAGGUGCUCUACCUGGAGGACCCCCCGGGGCUCGGCUGCGACGGCGAAGGGGUGGAGGGCGUCAUCAGGGAGGGCAAAGGAGACGCGGAGGCGGAGGAGGCCAAGAGCUUGGGCUUCAACCCGGACGCUCAGGUCUUCGUGCCGAUCGGAAGCCAAGCGUCUCCCGCCCUCCUGCCGUCGCUCUCCAGCUCCCCCACUCCCCUCUCCGCCCCGUCCUGCCCCGGCCUCUUCAGCUACCCCAGCGCCAGCACCCCCACCGACCCCGGGGUCCACUCCUCCAACACCUCCACCCCUUCCCCUCCCAGCGGCGUCGGCGGCGGCCUGCCCUACCUCCCCGCUCAGCAGCAGCAGCAGCAGCAGCAGCCGCCGCCGCCGCCGCCGGCCGCCCUCCCCGCCGCCCGCCCCCAGCCCAUCACCUUCACCACCGCCACCUUCGCCGCCACCAAAUUCGGCUCCACCAAGAUGAAGAAGUGCAGCGGGGCCGGGUCGGCGGCCGGCUCCGGCGUCAUCGUCCCCCCGUCCCAGAGGAUGCUGUCCCGCUCCCCCACCACCACCAUCUCGGCCCCGGACCUCCUCAAGCACAAGCCCCUGUCCCUGUCCCUGCACUCCCUCGGCGGCGGCGGCGGCGGCGGCGGCCCCGUCCCCAGCCAGCUCUCCCCCAACGCCAAAGAGUUCGUCUACCCGGGAUCCCCGGCCCCUCUGUACUUCGACGCCGACGCCCAGCCCAUGCAGCCUCACGCCAGCUCCUUCCAGCCCCCGCACGCCCACCCGACCUUCGACCCGUUCUCCAGCCCGCCGGCGCCGAGCGUGGGCAUCAUCGGCGGCAACGGGGGGAUCUCGUACAUGGAGAAGCCGCCGUUCGUGGAGGGUUUGGGAAGCUACAACCUGCAAUACCCGAGCCAGUCCUUCCAGCCGGUGGUCCUGGCCAACUAAGCCUUCGCGUGGACCGUUGGGGUCGGGACGGCGGCGGCUACUCAAGCUAUUUUCAGUUUUUCUAACAAAUUGUUCUAAUACUAAUACGUGUUAAGAAAUAGUUUUACUACGUUUAAGAAAAAAAAAAACAACAAAAAAAAAACACCACAUCUGCUGAAUAUUCCACGUGACUUUUGUAUUAGUUCGACCCUCAGUCACCGCCCGUCUCCGUCUUUGUUACCUUGAGCCGACGGGAGCUUCUUUCUUUUUGCCGAUCUCCUCCGUUAUUUUCAACAUCGAAUGUCUUAUUAUUUUCUUUUCCUUUUUUUUUUUUUUUUUCUCGACUCGUGGACUCUAGCACGGCUUCGUUUUGCACUGCGCUGUCAUGCUGUGAAAAGGGGGACUUUGCCAAGUCCUGCAGGGAGCUGCUGCUGGUGGUGGAGGUGGUGGUGGAAGGGAAAGGGAGGAGGAGGGGGUGAGGGCGAAGGGUUGUGGAAAACUCAGCACUUUGCUCUGCAAUCUGCUCUGCCCCACAUGCCACAGUUUGUUCUUUAAUUUAUUUAUUUCGGGGGCUUUUUUUGUUGUCUUUGCCGUUUUUCGUCGUAGCCCAACGUGAUCGAGCAUUUCAAGCAAAGACGCACCUCCUCCUCCUCCUCCUCCUCACCCUCCUCACUGUCGUUGUUGUUGUUGUUGUUAUUAUUAUCAGCUGGAAUCUGUGCAUGAUCUGGGUUUAAACGAGCAGAAAUAAUGGGGGUAGUGGAAGGAAGACAUUUUUUUAACCGUCCGAAUAUGAACAAACGUCACACGCAUUAAAAAUGUGCACACAUGCGAUUCCAGUCAGCUGUGUGUGAAGGUGAGAAGAGGGGGAAGGGGAAGGGGAAGGGAUGCAGCAGCAGCAGCAGCAGCAGGGAUUGUGAUAAAUGGCUUAGCAUGACUUUGACUAUGAAGGAGAGGAUGUUUUUUUUGUUUCUUUCUUUCUUUCUUUCUUUCUUUCCUCUGCAUGGAAAGGAGGAGGAAGAAGAAGCUGCCAGGAGGAAUGUGUUGCUGCGUUGCCUCUGUGCCAUCCAGGUUGUUUUGUUUUUUGUUUUGUUUUGUUUUUGCAGGGCUUAGAAAAGCAACACUUUUUUAAAACCCGGAGCACGUUUGUGAUGGAGCUCGUUGAAAUUCUCCCCCCUCUCUCUCUCUCUCUCUCUCUCUGUUGCAAAGAAGUAAAAAAAAAAAAAAAAAAGACAAAAACCAGAGUCGUACAGUUCAGAUUUGCUGUGUUGUUUAUGGCUUUUUCGUGUCUGGAUGCAUAUUUAACAGCCAGCGUCAGUGGAGGGAGGAGGUGGUGGUGGUGGUGGUGGGGAGGGGAUGGGGGAGGAGGGGGGGACAUUUUGCACAUUUUGUCCUAAGCUGAGAUUCAAAGAGGAGCUACAGAAAUUUGGGGGAAGACGGGGAGAGAUGCCAUCGGUCUUUGAAUGUUUUGCAGAUUAAAUGUUUUUGUAUGAGACAGUUUGAGGGCUGUUUUUUUUGUUUUUUUGUUUUUUUUUUGAGCAACUUUUUUAUUUUUCUGUAAACGGGGCGGGUUCAUCUCUGCAAAUGUUACCGAUUGUGAAGAUUUUUUUUUUUUUGAUUAUUUUUUUUUUUGUAAUUUAUUUCUACAAAUCUUUUUCUCAUUUACAUUUGUACGAGUAGGACGAGUCCAGGAAAACGUGUACAUAUAUAUAUAAAUAUAAGAAAGUUCUUAUGUUCAGAUUCUUUGUUUAGUUUCUUACAUGCUGAGGUUAUUUUUUCAAGAAAACAACGUUGAAUAUAUGCAAAACCGAGACAAAAAAUUAAAGAUGUACAGAAUAAAAGUAUUUGAAUGUGCGAUUGUACCGUGUACAACAUUUGUCCCAACGAGACGGGUAAAUGUACUCAUUCUUCGGUUUCUUUUUCUUUUUUUUGGGGGGGGGAUAUUUUGGAGACGUGAAUGUUUACAGCGUAGGAAAAGAUGGCCGAUAUCGCUCUCUGUGCUCCCAGGACAGUCUGAUGAACACUACUCCCCACAGGCAGGACAUUUAAACCAAAAAUCACAUUUAAGGUCCAUCUUUCUUUUACUUUUGCUCCUUUUUUGUCUAAAUCAGUGCUCAGAUCUAGAGAAACAAAAGUAUUAACCAUUAUUUUCCUCCAUUAUCCUCCGUCCUUUUGUUUUUGAUACUGAUAUUAUAGCCAUAUCUCAGACUGUCUUUGCUCACCCUUCUCCAGUGCAAUGUAUCGCCAUAAUUUAAAUUACCCUGAAUGAUUCAAGGGGUUUCUACCUCUCUGCAAAAAAUAAAUAUAUAUAUAUAUAUACACACAGUAUAUGUCUUCAGUAGGAAGAUGGUGUUAUGACAAGGUUUUGGAGAGAUGAAGGAAAUGAAUGUGCAGUGAAUGAUCUGUUGUUGGUGGUCGACCCUGGUUUUUAAAAAGCCUGCAGACAAUAAAAUGCUGUUUUUCUUAUUUGUUUUUUCUCUUUGAAGGAUUCGAAACACAAACUGAGAUCUGACGAUUGUAAAACCUGGAGUCUCUAACACCUUGCAGGCUUUUUUUUCUUUCUUUCUUUCUUUCUUUCUUUCUUUCUUUCUACAAUCAGGGCCGAACAUUAAAGAGGAGUAAAAAAAAAAACAAAACAAAAAUUUUGUAUUCUGAUGUCCUUUUGCUUAUAUCAAUGUGUGCGUUUUAUUUUGCACUUUGGAAUAUUUCAUUGUCAUAAAAGAAGUUUAUUUUCUAUGUAAGAUUUAACAUUUAAGAGUAAAAAAAACGGAUAUUAUUGAAAGUUCAGAUGAUGUAUAAAUAUAGUGCUUCUUUCCUGCCUGUAUUUUAUUAUUUUUUUCCUAUUUUGUAUCCGACCUGUACACCCUGUAGAUGUAAAACAAAUCUUUCACUACUGAAAUGCAAUGACCUGUUUUCUGUGCUGCCCCUCGGGAAUGGGGAGUUACUACUGCAGUUUCUUAUUGUAUCAGAUUCUUUUUUAAGUUUGUAAUAAAAACAGAUUGGCUAAAAUACGCAUGGGAAAUAA